AAUAAUUUUAAGAGCUUAAGCAAGGCUUUUGCAAAAAAAUAAAAAAAUAGAAAAGCGCUCAAAAACCUGUUCCAGGAGUGCUAAACCCUAAUGUAAUGCCCUGCACUAGCUGAGCUCGGUUAGUCACGCGUUCGUCAACCUGCAUCACCAGCAGCCAUGGCGCAGAGACGGUGUCUCCACACCCUAACCCGUCAAGCCAUAGCUCUCCUCUCUUCAAACCCUACCACACUGUAUCACCCUUGCAAAGUUGCAGCUUCUUUCCCGAACCUUAAUUCUGUCAAAGCCCUCCUCAUCUGCAAAUCCUCUCACGUUUUCACCAAAGCUGACUCCAUAUGGUGUUCCUUCUGGCCUUACCACCAUCGUCGCUAUUUCUCGUCGGAUUCUCGCGAUGAAAGCGAAAAUGAUGACGAAGAUGAAGAGACGGCGGGAGAGGAUAGCGAUGGAGAGGAGGUAAAGGGUUCUGAUUUGAAGAGAGAGUACACGGCGGAGGAGAAGGAAGAGGAGGCUGCCGCUAUUGGCUACAAAGUAGUUGGACCACUCCAGAAGUCCGACCUGGUCUUUAAACCAUACGAGCCUGUUUUCGCCGUUGUUCAGAUUGGUUCUCACCAAUUUAAGGUGAGCAAUGGGGAUUGCAUUUUCACCGAGAAAUUGAAAUUCUGUGAAGUAAAUGACAAGUUGAUUUUGAACAAGGUUCUCUUGUUAGGAUCAAGCUCUCAAACAAUUGUUGGCAGGCCUACAGUGCCAGAUGCAGCUGUUCAUGCAGUUGUUGAGGAGCAUGCCUUAGAUGCAAAAGUAAUUAUCUUCAAGAAGAAGAGAAGGAAGAAUUACCGCCGAACCAAAGGACAUCGCCAGGAACUGACUAAGUUGAGAAUAACUGAUAUUCAAGGAAUUGAGAAACCUGAAAUGAAAGUUGAUCCAAAGCCUAAAAUGUCAGGUGUUAAGCAACAAGAAAAGAUUGCAGUUGCUGCUUAGGAGGGAUUUUCCUCUGACCGAAUGUCGAUAACAAUGGCUUCCCAUGCUUAUAAUUGCAGAGGUGCAACUCUCUGAUGCUACUUGAUGGGCAUCAUUUCAUUCCUGAUUUAUCAAGUGUACAUUUAGGGUAUCAUAGGAGGCAGAAAAUUGUCAUUUUACCAGAUACCUUUUGUAGGAUUGGCAUGCUGGAAUAUGUUAUUUCUCCUCAUAAAAUUUUUGUAAUACUAGUUAGUUUAUUUGUAUUUACUACUCUACUCAUGACACCUCAGUACUUCGAUCUUGUUCUUGAUAGAAUAAUUCAUAAGGAUUAAUCUGUUAUUACUUGUUGCA